AUGACAGUCCCAAGAUAUAUCUGUUCAGAAAUUGAUCUGCCUCUUUGCAAAACCUUGGGAAUUGAACAAACCGUUUACAAUGCAUUCAGCACUACUAUUCUCGGACUUCAAAUUAACUCUCCAUAUAGUCUUGCAUUGCUUUUAAUUUCAGUAGUAUGUGCUAAUAGAAUGAUAUCGCACGUGGAUUCACUAUACUCAUCCAUUGGAAGAGGUGAGAUGAAGACUUUUUUUUAUUUAUACAUGAUUUCCAACUCGCUUCUCGUCUGCACCCUUUGUUUUGACAAACUUUUGGGUGAUGAUGGUCUUAAGUUCCUAAAUGUGCUACAAGCAGCAUUCCAAUCAACCAUGUUCUUCAGCCUAUUUACAGGCGGGAUGACGAUAGACAAGAUUUACGGAGUGUUUGGCAUGAAGUCUGCAAGUGUUAUGCAGAUUCUUUCGACAAUAUACUUUGUGAUGAUCAGCACCUUUAUAUAUAUCUUCGUAGCGAUUAAAAAUAGAGAGUUAAUAACAAUUUUAGUAUCAAUAGAAACAGGAUGUAUAGUGCUGUAUUUGGGAUCUCAGAUCAAGAAUUUAAGGAAGAGCAACGGUGAGAUAUGGGGAUACGGUGUUCUUUGGGUUAUUUUUAUGUUUUUCGUGAUGUCUAAAAUACAUACUGUUCUGUGUGCCAAUCUUGUUGCAAGACUUAGUGAAAGAAGCCUCGACAAUAUGUUUUUCAACAUCUGCUAUACAUUCUUAGUUGUAAUGAUGUGCCACAAGUUUUGGUUGAGUACGUAUGAUUUUGAGCUUGAAUGCCUGGCACUAAACGUGUAA